UGACUCGGUGGCCAUCCAGUCCCUCCAAAAUAAAACAGAAACCUCGAUAUCUUUCAACUAAUCUGACAUUUAUUCACCUCACGACCAAUCACUUGGCGCCACGUUUUCACACCCCCCUGAAUCAAGUAGCAUUCCCUCACAAUUUUUCUCUACAACGCUAACCCCCCAAAACCCUAAACCUCUGAUUUCUGAUUCCGAGUGGUCUAUGAUCGCUCAUUUCGAACGCAAGCUCAGCUGCUUAAGCUUCGAGUUCGCUAAUCUUGCUGACGAGUUUCAUUAGUAUGCAAAGCUCUGUCAAGCAGAAACUUCGUGCUUUUCGAUGGACUCAGUGUGCUGGAAGAUGUUGAGCUACACCGUAUUUCUCGGUUUAUUUCUUCUUCUCAUGGUGGACCAAACGGUGUCGCAUUUGAGCUCUGGUCCACACAUUGCAGACGUCAAUAUUCUGCUGCCUCCCAAAAUGACUCAUCCGGUCGAGUAUAGGCUUCAGGGAAGUGAUGGCUGCUUUAAAUGGUCAUGGGAUCAUCACGAUAUUCUGUCUGUUCUGCCCGAAUAUAAUUCAACUAGUCACUGCUCAACAAGUGCGCGGUUGAGAUCAAUUGCUUCUUAUAGUGGUCGAAAGGAGACUGCUGUUUACGCUGCUGAUGUAACUACUGGAGCUGUGAUUCGCUGCAAAAUUUUUAUUGACAAAUUUUCCAGAAUUCAGAUAUUUCAUAAUUCCAUUAAGCUUGACUUAGAUGGGCUUGCCACGCUUCGAGUCCGUGCCUUUGAUAGUGAAGAAAAUGUGUUUUCUUCACUGGUGGGCUUGCAGUUUAUGUGGCAGCUGAUGCCUGAACCUUAUGUAUUGCCUCAUCACCUUGUUCAUGUCCCUCUAAAGGACUCUCCCCUGAGCGACUGUGGCGGGUUGUGUGGAGACCUAGAUAUCCAAAUAAACCUUGAAGAUAAUGGUGUAUUUUCUGAUCUGUACGUCGUAAAGGGAAUUGAAAUUGGGCAUGAGCUUGUUUCUGUGCAUUUGCUUGAGCCACAGUUCAAGCACAUGACUGAUAAGAUUGUUCUAACUGUAGCAGAAGCCAUGUCGCUCGAUCCUCCCUCGCCUGUUUUUGUCCUUGUUGGUGCAGCUGUUCGUUAUAGUCUAAUAAUUAUCCGUGGCAACAAAGCUCAAGUUGUAAAUUUGCCGUCUCCACAUCAUCGAUGGUCUGUUUCAAACUCUUCAGUUGCUUGUGUUGACUCUAUGAUGGGUUUGGCAUAUGCGUUGAACUUAGGGGUAACUAACACCAUAGUUGAAGAUACAAGGGUUGCUGGCCACAUACAAGUGUCGUCACUUAAUGUUGUCCUGCCUGAUUCUUUAUCUUUAUACAUGACACCUCUAUCUACUUCUGAUGAUCCUGUUGAAGGAAUUAAAGCAAUUCCAUCCAUGACACGGUGGUAUGGUGUUUCUGGUCGUCGGUACCUCAUUCAAAUGAAGGUUUUCUCAGAAGGACCAGAUGCACAAGAAAUCUACAUUACAGAGAGUGAUGACAUAAAGUUGUCCAAUAAUCAGUCUGAUUACUGGAGACUUUUUCCUGUAUCAGAUGAUAUUGCAAUCAAACAUGGCUGGCAGAAUUCUAUAAUUCUAAAGGCAACUUCACAGGGACAGGAUAAAUUGACAGCUUCUUUGACUUACUUUAGUGGGCUAAAUGAGACGAAGGAGGUUCUCAAGGUUGCACAAGAAGUCAUGGUUUGUGAUCAAGUCAAGUUUAGUUUGGAUAAAAGUGAUGCAUCUCCAACCAUUUUCCUUCCCUGGGCCCCUGCUAUUUAUCAGGAGGUGGAGCUACAGGCUACAGGAGGUUGUGCUAACGCAUCCAGUGACUACAAAUGGUUCUCUUCAGACAUGGGUAUUGUGUCUGUGUCUGCUUCUGGGGUUGCCCAGGCUAAGAAGCCUGGUAAAGCUACUAUUAAAGUGCUCUCCAUAUUUGAUUCAUUCAAUUAUGAUGAGGUUAUCGUUGAAGUUUCCGUCCCAGCAUCUAUGGUCAUGCUCCGUAACUUCCCUGUUGAGACUGUUGUAGGAACACAUCUUCAAGCUGCUGUAACAAUGAAAGCAUCAAAUGGUGCCUACUUUUAUAGAUGUGAUGCGUUCAGUUCCUUCAUAAAGUGGAAAGCAGGCAGUGAGUCUUUCCUUAUUGUCAAUACAACAGGGGAGUCCCCUGCUUUAGACAGUUUAGGAAAUGCCGACUUCCAUGCAUCAAAUUAUGGUCCCCCAUGUUCAUGGGCAUAUAUAUAUGCCUCUGCUUCUGGUCGGGCUACUCUUCAUGCUACAUUAUCAAAAGAAUAUCACAACUUUGAUAGCACUUUUGGUGGACCUAUUGUCUUAAAAGCAUCUUCACUUAUUGCGGCAUACUCACCACUUAGCAUUCGUCAGGCAGGUGAUGGAAAUCAUUUCGGUGGCUACUUUUUUGAUCUGGCUCUAGCAGAAACUGAUAAGCAAUUGGUAAAGUUGGACAAAAUAUACCUUGUCCCUGGGACGCAUUUGGAUGUUAUGCUUCUUGGUGGACCUGAAAAGUGGAACAAUGGUGUUGGCUUUGUUGAAACUACGGAAAUCUUAAAUGAACAACAUGGUCACAUUGACAAUGGUGCUUCUGUGGAAAGGUUAUCUGAAACCCAUAAGAGUUUGUAUAGAGUUUCAUGCCAAAUGCUGGGAACCUAUAUAAUGGUGAAUGGCCACUCUACAGUAAAUGAACGUGAAGUCAUACAGACUGCAAUUCAAGCUGACCGCAGUUCAGGGCGAAUUCGUGUCACCCCUGUUACUGUGGCAAAUGGGCGCACCAUUAGAUUAGCUGCAAUUGGCAUCAGUAACUCUGGAGAAGCUUUUGCAAACUCAUCUUCUCUUUAUUUGAGGUGGGAACUUAUCAGUUGUAAUGAGAUGGCUAAAUGGGAUGAUGAUAAUUUAGAGAGGUCGGAGCACAGUUGGGAGAGGUUAUUGAGCUUGAAAAACGAGUCAGGCCUGUGUACAGUUCGUGCCACGGCCAUUGGUUUCAGAGAUAACAUGGGUGGUCAUAAGUCUGUUCCAUUGCUUGAUAGUUCAGAGAAUGUUCUUGCAGAUGCAAUUCGUCUACAGCUAGUUUCUACACUAAUGGUCAGCCCAGAGUUCAAUCUGGUGUUUUUCAAUCCCAAUGCUAAGUUAAAUCUGUCAAUCACUGGAGGGAGCUAUUUCUUGGAAGCUGUUGUGAACGAUUCUCGAGUGCUAGAAGUUGUUCAACCCCCAAGAGGUUUACAAUGCUCACAACUGAUGCUGUCUCCUAAAGGUAUGGGGACGGCGCUUGUGACAGUUUACGAUGUUGGACUUGCUCCUCCACUUGCAGCUUCUGCUGUGGUACAAGUUGUAGACAUUGACUGGAUAAAGAUUGUGUCACCAGAAGAAAUAAGCCUUAUGGAAGGGGCAUCGCAGACUAUUGAUUUGAUGGCUGGGAUUAGUGAUGGAAGGACUUUCGACUCUUAUCAGUUUGCCUACAUGAAUAUUCAUGUGCAUGUUGAGGAUCAUAUUAUUGAGGUGUUAGACAUUAAUGAUAUCUCAAGAACAGGAGGUGGAUAUGUUAAUGUCCCGAAAUUUAAGAUUUUGGCUACACAUCUUGGGAUCACAACUUUCUUUGUGAGUGCUGUACAGCAAUCUGGGCAUGAAAUUUUGAGUCAACCAAUAAUGGUGGAAGUGUAUGCACCACCAAUAAUUCACCCACAAGACAUUUUCCUUGUACCUGGUGCAGCUUAUGUGCUUACUGUGAAAGGAGGCCCAACAGUUGGUGUAUAUGUUGAAUAUAUGAGUAUGAAUGAGGAAAUAGCGACAAUGCAUAGAUUUUCAGGACGACUGUCUGCCAUUUCACCUGGGAACACUACUAUUCGUGCCAGAGUCUUCAGAAAUGGAGAUACCGUGAUUUGUGAAGCAUAUGGCAGUGUUAAAGUAGGAGUUCCUUCUUCGGUGAUAUUGAAUGCACAAAGCGAAUUGCUUGGUGUUGGCCGUGAGAUGCCUAUUUAUCCUUUGUUUUCGGAGGGCGAUUUGUUUUCUGUUUAUGAGCUCUGCCAAAAUUACCAGUGGACUGUAGAAGAUGAAAAGGUAUUGAGCUUUAAUUUGUUAGAGCAUUUGAAUGGUGAGAAGUAUGGGACUCGGUUGGAUCCUUCAGAAAAAAUUCAGUUCCCUAGCCAUAUGAGUGAGGAAGAGCUUGGUUUUAUCAAAGUAAUGUUUGGAAGAUCUGCAGGGAGGACCAACAUUGCAGUCUCGUUCUCAUGUGAAUUUAUAUCUUCUGGUUCUAAAUCAUGGACAAGAUUUUACAAUGCAUAUUUAUCAAUAUUGGUGGUGCCUGAUCUCCCUCUUGCUCUUGGAGUCCCAAUAACGUGGGUUCUUCCUCCUCAUUAUACUACAACAAGUAUUUUACCUUCAUCUUCAGAAUCAUAUGGCCAAAGGGAUAGUCAGAGUCACAAAGGAACUAUUAUCUAUUCCUUAUUAAGAAAUUUCCCUGACAAGAAUGAAGGUGUGCAAAAGGAUGCUAUUUCCGUUGAAGGGGACAGAAUAAAGACAUCAGAGAGUAACAAUCUUGCAUGCAUUCAGGCAAAAGAUCGUAUGACGGGUAGAAUUGAGAUUGCUGCUUGUGUCAAAGUUGCUGAGGUGUCUCAAAUAAGAAUUACGAACAAGGAGGAGGUACCAUUUCACGGGAUUAAUCUUGCUGUUGGUGCUGAACUUUCUCUUCCAGUAGUCUAUCUUGAUGCACUAGGAAACCCUUUCUAUGAAGCAUAUGGCGCUGUUCUCUUUGAUGUUGUAACCAACUCUCCGGAUGUUGUGUCCAUAAACAAAAACAACACACAUGGUGGCAGUAGAAAUAUCCAUCUUAAGGCAAUGCGGCAUGGUAGAGCUCUUGUGCGAAUAUCCAUUGAUCGUAUUCCUCAGAAGUCGGACUAUAUCCUGAUAUCAGUGGGUGCCCAUAUACAUCCUCAAAACCCGCUUCUUCAUAUUGGAAGUCAUCUUAACUUCAGCAUUGAAGGUUUAAAUGAUAAAGUUUCUGGCCAGUGGAGUACUGCCAAUGGAAGUGUUAUAUCUGUGUCCCCAUUGUCUGGAGUAGCUGAAGUAGUGGGGGAAGGUACAACCCAAGUAUUUUUUGAAGCUUCAAGUUUGAAGCUGAGAACAGCUGUAAUAGUGCUAACAGGGGAUAUUGUAUCUGUGGAUGCUCCAAGAGAGACACUAACAAAUGUUCCCGUCCCUACCAAAGGAUAUAACUUCUCUGUGAAGAUCAGCAAUAAUUACGACAAGUUUAAGGCUCUUGGAGACGUCAAGGGACUCCAGUAUGACUGUAAAGUGGACCCGCCUUUUGUUGGGUAUGCAAAGCCAUGGUUGGAUCUUGAUACCGGUAACUCAUACUGCCUCUUUUUCCCUUACUCACCGGAGCAUUUGGUUCGUUUGAUACCCAAGUCCAAGGAUAUGAAACCAGAUAUUUCUGUUUCCAUCAAUGCUUCAUUGAGAGGAGCUGAUCAUGUUUCAGGAUCUGCUUCUGCUCUUUUUGUUGGAGGGUUUUCCAUAUUGGAGAUGGGCAAGGAUUCAAUGCAGUUGAAUCUGACCCCAUACUCUAACAAGACGAUUAUAACAAUCCUGGGUAACAUAGAUGUUGAAAUUUAUUGGCAUGAGCGGGAGUCACUACUCAUUACUCCCAUCCAUACAGAAGGUUUUGGGAUCGGUGGACGUGCAAAAUAUGAGGUGAAAAUGCUGGGAGCCAAAAGAUUCACAGAUACAAUUUUCAUCACACUCCCAGCCAAUGGUCAGAGUGUGGAAAUCGACGUUAGCUGUGACCCCGGAGAAAGAACAGCAUCUGAAACUACCAUUAAUUAUACCCUUUGGUCAACGGUGCUUGGAUGUCUUGCUCUAUUGAUUUUGACAGUGGUUGUCUCCAUAUGUUAUUUGGACAGACCGGAUAGAUCUCCCCAAACAUCCAUUAAUGUUCCUGCUACUCCAAGUAUUGCAGCCCCAGUCACACCUGUACGUAGCAGCCCAGCUAUCGGGAGUGAAUCUCCCCGAACACCUCAGCCUUUCAUAGAUUAUGUAAGGAGAACAAUAGACGAAACCCCGUACUACAGGCGAGAGCCUCGGAGGAGGGUUAAUCCGCAGAAUACUUUUUAGUUUCUUAGACUGUCAUUAACAAGUUAGAUAGGACACUUGGUCUCUCAGAAUGAUGUACGGAGCCCAUGUAAAUGCAAGUGCUGCUGACUCUGCUGAGAGCCAGAGGCAUUCUUGUCCAAAUUUUGGUGUAUUUAGAAGUUAAUGUAUUUAUACUCUAUCUCUAAAAGUGGAAAAGUAAUGGAUUUUAAGAUUUAAAUCUUAAGAUCAUGCUGUGAUGUGAUGUUCUUUGAAAAGGCACGCCCCUUCACCCGAAGAAGAAAUUGGAGUUGUUAAACACAUUAACUAUU